AUGGCGAACGACAUGUCGGAAGCACUCGCAGAACUAAAUAUUACGAACAAGCUUCCACAACAAUUAACAAAGGAAGACAUUAUAAACAAACACCUACCCACGGUUGGCCACUGGGAAGAUUUUUACUACAAAUACUCUCAGUGGAUGGGGUUUAGUGUUAGAAAAGAAGAUGUCCGUCGGGACAAUGAAAAUAAAGAGUGGCAAAGAAAAUGGGUUUGCUCUAAUCAAGGGUUUAGGCGAGAAAAGUGGACAAACCUAAAGAACCGUAGGAAAAAACCUCGAGCUGUUACCCGCACAGGGUGCCUAGCACUAUUGUGCGUGAAUUUUGACAAGUUCGAAAACAGUUGGGUAGUGAAAGACUUUAACCCAACACAUAAUCAUGACCUUGCUUUGAAGACAGAUAUGCAGUUCUUGAGAUCUAACCGUGCUGUCCCAGAUUGUAUGGGUGCCCAAGUAAUGUCAAUGAGACGGUCGGGCAUACGAACUUGCCACAUAUUGAAUCACCUUGCUGCAGAAAGAGGAGGACAUGAGUAUGUUCCGUUCUUGAAAAAGGACUUAUACAAUUGGAUUGGACGACAAAGAGAGUUAGAAGAGGAGGAGGAAACAGAUGCUGAGGGUGCCCUGGGAUACUUGGAAUGUCUUGGGUUACGUGACCCCAAUUUUUUUGAAACACACACGAUAGACGGGGAGUAUAGGCUCGCUGACUUGUUCUGGGCCGAUGGAAUUUCGAGAGAUGACUAUGGACAUUUUGGGGAGAUCAUCGCAUUUGACACAACGUACAAGAAGAAUGCUUACAACAAACCCCUUCUUCUUUUUGUCGGCGUAAAUCACCACUUCAGAACUGUUGUCUUCGCAGUGGCCUUGCUGUACGAUGAGAAGGAGGACACAUACAUUUGGUUGUUGGAAGAAUUCCUUCAAUGUAUGAACAACAAAUUGCCUCAGGUUGUUGUCACUGACGGAGAUAAAGCUAUGGCUAAAGCAAUAGAGAAAGUCAUGCCUAAUGCUGUCCAUCGUUUGUGUGCGUGGCACCUUCAGAAAAAUGUUACCAUUAAUGUCCCUCACCCGAUUUUCAAGACAAGGUUUAAUGAGCUUCUAUAUCAAUAUUGUACAGAGGAAGAGUUUGACGAGAGUUGGAGUGGCUUGGUUACAGAAUUUCAGCUACAAGAUAGCCAAUGGGCAGCCAUAACAUACAACAAUAGAAGGAGUUGGGCAGAAUGCUUCCUACGGGGUAAUUUCUUUGCGGGCCUCAGAACCACCCAAAGGUCGGAGUCGAUGAAUUCUUACCUGUCACACUUCUUGACAAGCAAACUUAAACUUAAAGACCUUGUUGGCCAAGUUGAUAAAGCCAUACAAAGCAUACGCCACACGGAACGCGAAGAUGACUUCAUCAGUAACAACACAUCGCCCCAGUUCCCUUCCAACAUACUACAACAGUAUUACCAGCAAGUUGCUUCAGUUUUGACGAGAAACAUGUACGAUAAGGUCGCAGAACAAAUCGACAACGCUCUUGCAUACUCAAUUGAUUCAACAAGUGUGGAAUUUGGGUGCAGGGUAUUUUCCCUAAGUCGUUUUCGUAGAGGACUGGUAAGAAGUGUAGUUCGGUACGUAAUUGAUCAUGAUCACUUUGAAUGUAGUUGCAUGCUAUUCCAGUCAGACGGAAUCCCGUGUCGACAUAUGUUUGCGGUAAUGAAGCAUUUGAACCUACCCUGCAUCCCGAAACCUCUGUUAAAGGAACGCUGGAGGAAGGACGCCAAAUUGAGAGGUGAAUUGAGUAGCGCUCCCCAUGAUAGGGUCCCCCGUGAUGUGUUAUUAUGUACCCGUUGGGGAUCGUUGACAUCAUGGUUAAAUGCAAUGGGGUACUAUGCUACACAACGUGAUGAUACAUAUGAAGAAGCAUUAAGCGAAAUGUCCCGUUUGGAGGAAAAAUUUAAAACAAUGUGUGGUCAGCCUAAUGAUGCGUUUGAAUCGAGUCACGGUGUACAUGGGGACCACCGAUCGCAACAACAACAGAGAGUAAUUGGGGAUCCGGCAAUUGUGAGAACGAAGGGGAGGGAACCAAACAAAACAAAAUCAAAAUAUAAGGGCGUGGACAAUGCCACCCCAAGGAAGAAUAGGUUUCGCAACUGCAACCAAUUAGGCCAUAAUAGGGCGACUUGCAAAGUUGUUCCAGAAGUGGACAAUCAAUCCAUGGAGACAGAAGAUCCAACAUCUUCCAACUAUCCAAUGUACCAUACUCCGAACGUGGACGACAUCAGUCAAAGUCAAAGGAGUUAA